AUGUCUUAUCUGCUGUUUAAUUAUGAUAUGGCGAUACCAAACAUAGCCAGUGGUAUGGACUUUUAUCGCAUGAAUAUCGUCGGAGAAAUAUUGCGAAAAACAGAAGAAUCCUUAUUUUCAUACGAAUUGUUAGGAGUGCCAAAACCAGCUGAGACAACAACAGGACUCUUUAAAUCAUUGUCAAUAUUACGUGAACACCAAGCUCAUGGGCACGUUUAUUUUCAUGUCUCACCUCCAAUAUCAGCCGCUAAAUUCAUGGAUGUUUCAUCUAGAAAAUUAAGUGCCUUAAAUCCGAACUCUCGAGUUCCAGCUGAAGUUGUAAAAAACAUAGCUUAUGCAAUCAUCGACAGUCACAAAGAACACACCGUAUUUAUGCCGAUAAAUUUAAUAGCUGUUCUUGUUAACGAGAGAAUUCACUCGCAUCCAGGAAAUCCUUAUACCUUCGACACAUUGCUGCAGGACUAUUGUUGGCUGAAGAAAUUAAUCACUCAGUCUUUGGGGGCUUCUGUUUAUCCAGCACCGGAAAAUCUGGAAGAGGAUCACAUAAGGAGGUCUGAGAAAGACGAAAUAAAAGAAUCAUUGUUUACUCACAGAAAUUUACUCGGAUUUGAUAGUAAUGGGCUGCUAAUAAUUCACGGGUCUCAUCGUGAAAUUAAGUCUAACAAAACAAUCCGCGUGAAAGGUCACACGCUUGAUGACCGAACAAUGUCAAUAGCCGUCCCGACUAUAAACCUCGCUAUAUAUGUCAAUCCUAUUUUUGCAAUAUUUACUAAAUUAUCCAUUGCUGUACUGUCAAUUAACAGUAAUAAUUUAUCUCAAGGUAAAUGGGACAAGUCGAUGGACGAAUUAUCGGAUCAAGAGAUAAUGAAAGAAUGCCAAAAACGUACCGAAGUAUUAUUAUUCCAAGCAGAAAGUUUUAUCAAUCAUCCGUACACAUUAUCGUUAGAUUUAUACACAUCAACGGUAGUUAGUUUGACAUCAUUCGGAGCAUUGACACCCGUCGAGGGUAAACCCCGAGUUUACAAUCCCGACAAACCAAAAUUAUCCUCAAUAAUCAGCGAUCUUGAAAAAAUAAUGUCGCAAAGAUCACCAGGAAAUUACGUAGACCUAGCUCAAACUUAUUUCCACUUGGAAAAUACUCUCCAAGCCAAGCUUUGA